GGCAUAAAGGAAUGAGACAAAGGAGUGCUUAAAAGCCCAGAAGGAGGUGCGGUGUCAGUGUAAAUUGGAAGGGAAGGGUAGACGAUAGAGAUUUAGGGCCAAGAGAAAAACAACAUGUAGGAGGAGAAUUAGGGGGAGAAAAUAUGUUGGAUCAAACUGGAUGUCAGUAAAAAAAAAAAUCUUAUGUGUGGGGGCUGUGAAAGAAACAGGGGAGAGAUGCAGUGUAAAUGAGAGGGUGAGUGGCAUAAACAGAGAGGGAGAGAGAGAGAGGGAGGGAGGUGGGUGCACAGAGGCUCUGGGGGAGAUGAAUACAGCUGUGCAGAGAGACGGGGAGAUGCACAAACAACAAAACAACCAACAACAGACCACGCAUCAGGACCAAAUGAUAGGAGAAACUGGGGUUUGUAUUUAGAUGGAAGAGAUGCAAAGAUAUCUUCAUUAAGGAAGGAGGAAAAUCUCAGACUCGCACAACAUUUGGGACGGAGGAAGAGAGAAAAGUGGGGGAGGAAACAAAGAGAGAGUGGAAAGAGAAGAGGAGUGACCUGAGGUGGAAAAAGGACACCAGAAGACUGAAACAGCCGCUAACUUCUGUACCUGUCGAUCCAAAAUGUCUGCCCGGCUGCACAUGCUACUGACCCUCUGCCUGACCUUCACACAGGGUGGUUGUACGUACUCUGGCAAUCACUGGGGCGAAUGGAACGACUCUCAGCUGCAGCCAACAAUUCAGAAGCUGAUGAAAGGAUACAACCGUUACCUUAGGCCUAAUUUCAAUGGGCCUGUGGAAAUUGGAAUGAGUCUAGACAUCGCCAGCAUUGAUGCCAUCUCUGAAAUCAACAUGGACUACACUGCAACCAUCUUCCUCCGUCAGCGCUGGCGUGACUCCCGCCUGGUGUUCCCUGGGAAUGAGAGUGUAAGCGUGGAUGGGCGCCUCGUGUCCCUGCUUUGGAUCCCUGACACCUUCAUCCCAGACUCGAAGCGUUCCUUUCUUCAUGACGUCACAGUGGAAAACCGCCUCAUCCGCAUCUUCAGCAAUGGGACUGUUCUCUACGCGCUACGCAUCACGGCUACCAUCGCCUGCAACAUGGACCUGACCAAGUACCCCAUGGACAGACAGGUGUGCACCCUGCAGCUGGAGAGCUGGGGCUACAACCUGCAGGACGUGGUGUUCUACUGGACCAGAGGGAAUGAUUCGGUGAAGGGUCUCGACAUAUUGCGACUGGCUCAGUACAGCGUAGAGAGCUACUAUACCUCAGUGUCCGAGGCUGUGUAUGAGACAGGACAAUACCCCAAGCUGGUGUUACAUUUUGCACUCCGUAGAAACGUACUGUUCUUCAUCCUGGAGACGUACGUUCCCUCCAUCCUGCUGGUGGUGCUCUCCUGGGUCUCUUUCUGGAUUAGCCAGUCCUCUGUCCCAGCCAGGACGUGCAUCGGAGUGACAACAGUCCUGACCAUGACCACACUGAUGAUGGGCGCCCGCACUUCCCUGCCCAAUGCCAACUGCUUCAUCAAGGCCAUCGAUGUGUACCUGGGGAUCUGCUUCACCUUCAUUUUUGGUGCUCUGGUGGAGUACGCCUGUGCACACUUCUAUACCAUGCAGAACCAGACAGUAGAGGAUUUACACAGGGAGCUUCUUAGGGAUUUCAAUGAAUCCAACGGAAACGGCUCCUUCCCCAUAGUGAGCUCCACCCGGCCAAAACAAGCUGUGGGGAUGAGCUCCACUGCAGAGGAGCCCAUGGAGCAGGCAGCGAACUGCGACACGAGGAACCGUGCUGGGGCCAAAGAGAAGCUGUCAGGACAGGGCUGUGGCCUGUCCUCAGUGAGGAAUGCUUCACGCAGAGCCGCAGCCGCCUUCACGGUGGAAAAUCCACAUGACAUCGAUCGCCACGCUCGCACAGCUUUCCCCAUGGCAUUUCUUUGUGUCAAUAUCCUCUAUUGGCUUUACUAUUUGUUUCUCUGAGCUGCUGCAUUGUCUAUUUCACCAUCCUUGAAGCUACUCUGUCUCCUCAUUUGAGACCCAAUACCAUUUGCCACUGGAUCUAAACUGAUCAUCCAUGCUUUUUUGUAUCGCAUAUUUAUUAACUUUUUGUUGUUCAAACGGCUACAAAAUGAUGAAUUAGAAACUAUUCACUAUCAGAAAUUCUUCUUUGCAUUUUACCCUAUUGAAAGCUUUUAUUAAUCAUUUUUAAAUGGAUGGCUACUAACAUCUUAACAUACAAAUAAAGCCUGUCUCUUUCUAUUUCCUGACAAAUGAGGAAAGAAAUGAGGAUGAGUAAACUAGUUAUAAACAAUAGGCUGCAUCACACUAUACUGUGUUGCAUUGAAUUGCCUUUAUUAAAUGACUGAUGAUGUAUUAGUGUUUUUAUUUUGGCUUUCAUACAUUGUUUGUAUGAAACUGUAUACUGUACUAUUACUUCAUACCAUGUAAAAUUAAAAUAAUAAAAGAGAGACUCGUUCUACUGUAAGUCUGUGAUGUAACAAAUUAAUUAAGAUGACAUGUUUGAGAAUAAGACACACAUUUAUUAUUCCCUUAUCCAGGUAGGAGAACAGUAAAGUGCAAAAGUCAACCACAGGUUUAACAAAGAAGUUGUUAAAAUGACAUAAAAGUGGGGAUUUCCCACUCAGAAAUGACCAUUUUGUUAGUCACUAAAUUGUGGAGUAUUUAUCUGCCAAAAAAGGGAAUGUGUAGGAUAGUUCAACAGAUGGUUUUGAUGUUUAGCAUAGUUUCAACUCAAGAGAAGAGGCUUAUAAAUGCAGUUUAAGAAAAUAUAUAAUUCACACACAUGAUACCUCUUUAAGGCAGUGAUGAUGAUGAUGAUGAUGAUGAUGAUGAUGAUGAUGAUGAUAAU